AUGUCAAUCUUCAAACACUCCGUUCUCCUUCCCCUCCUAUGUGCCACUUGGUACAUUUUCGGCUAUUCCUCCGCGAACCCGGUCGUACAUCGCCCUAGCACUGGUUCUAGCUCCUACACUCUGGAAACAGUCCACCAGUUCCCCAAUUUUACGUGGAUUGAGAAUCUCGCGAUCCGCUCUACAGGUCAAAUCGUUGCAAAUGAUAUUUCGAACGGUGUCAUCUACCUCGUCGACCCGGCGGAGGAUCCGGCUGCCGCCUCGAUCCUCGCCGAAUUUCCUUCCGGCACCUCCUUAAGCGGGAUCGUGGAGCUCCGUCCAGAUGUCUUCUACGCCCAGUCCGUCGAUGGCAAUGUGUACAACUUCACAUUUGUGCCAGGUUCUGCGAAACUGUGGGAAAUAGAUCUGCGCAAUCAGGUCCGGGGUGCCCUGGUGACAAAGGUUCUGGAUAUGCCCAACAUGAAGGUGCCUAAUGGUCUGUCGGCGCUGCCGAGUGGAAGAAGAGGACAAAAUAAUCCAGACCUACUGCUUAGUGCAGAUUCUGUUGCUGGAGUGGUCUACAUCAUCGAUGUGAUCAAUAAACGCUACGAGGUUGUCUUUGACCACCCACUGUUGAAGCCUAUUGCUACGGCAAAGCCUCCAUUUGGCGUCAACGGUGUGCAUGUCGUGCUCGGAGAUGCUGACACUGACACUUCGAUGUUGUUUUUCACAAACACAAACAGUGGCUACCUUGGCGCUGUGCCUAUUGGCAAAAUGGACGGGAUUCCCCGAGGCACGCCGUGGCUGAUAACCGACGAGGUUCCCGCAGCUGAUGAUUUUGCGGUUGAUCCGGAUGGGUCGUUCUGGGUAACACAGAACAUCCGGAAUACUUUGUCGCAUGUGCUGCCGAACGGAAUUGUUGAGUUCGUGGCUGGAGGCGUGAAUUCCACCGAUCUGCUGGGUCCUGUGGCUGCAGCGUUUGGGCGGACCUUCGAUGACCAUGCGAAUGGUGUAUUGUAUAUAGGAACGGAUGGCGUACAGACCGAUCCAGUUACAGGCAAGGUGACGAGGACUGCUGGCAAGAUUGCCAAGAUUGCCACAAAAACCGGCAAUGGACAUGGAUGGGGCGACUGGUAG